AUGGUGCUGAGGGCAGCAGAGUUGUUCUUUGAUAUGAGGAUAUUCACUGGUACUGGUGAGUCAGGGAAGUCGACCUCCAUCAAACAGAUGUGUAUCAUCCACGGCUCGGGGUACUCUGAUGAAGAUAAACGAGGUUUCAUCAAAUUGGUUUACCAGAACAUAUUCAUGGCCAUGCAAAGUAUGAUUAGGGCUAUGGAGUUACUAAAGAUACAGUAUGCGCAGUCAGCAAAUAUAGAAAAAGCAGAACUCAUUCGAAGUGUGGGCUUCGAAACAGUAACAACAUUUGAAAGUCCAUAUGUUGAGGCCAUCAAGGAUCUGUGGGCAGAUGUAGGAAUUCAGGAAUGUUACGACAGGCGUCGCGAGUACCAGCUCACAGACUCCGCCAAAUAG